AUGAGGGAGGAUUGCGAGAGGUCAAAGCAUAGCUUAUCAACAGAUAUGGUGGCGCACUGUUGUGUUUACGGAUGUGGGAAUAAAUAUAACAAAGACGGAGUUAAAUUAUUUCGCCUGCCUACCAGUGACCCAGAAAAAUUGUCGGUGUGGCUUACAUUGAUUGGACGCAAGGAUCUAUUGAAGAAAUCCCAAAAGCAAAAGCUAACACAGCGAAUCUGUUCAGAUCAUUUCAGAGAAGAAUAUUAUAAAUACGGUAAAACAUUACAUAAAGAUGCCGUACCAUGUAGGAACUUGAUAAUUAUUUCAGAAGAAUCCGAAGAAGCCAGACCUUCAACAUCGAAAACGGGUUUAUGCCUGAAGAGACACGAUUCCUGCCGAGCAGAUGAACCAUUGGCUAAGGUAACAAAGAAAAGAGUGGUGCCAAUGGAAAAUGUCAAAAUUAUAGACAUAAAAGAGGGGAGUCCUCCUGAGAGAUUGCUCACCAAGGAAGCGUUCUUAGAAUCGUGUGACCAAUAUUUGGAUGAGAAGACUUCUAAAAUAGUUAAGAAACAAUUAGCUUUAAGGAAAGGACACAAAAGCAUAAAGACGCCUAACCAAGCUAAUUCUAGUGACGUUAAGAAUACAGAUAAGGAUAAUAACGAAAUAAAGGAAACAGAUAAAGAAGACAAUAGCGAUAGAAUCAAAACUAAAAUGCUAUAUUUGUCUCAACGGGGAAUUCAAAUUAGUGAUAUUGAUGAAACACUUACUUUAAGUGAAGACCAUAUCGAAGAACUAGAUGCGACAAUUAAAGAAGAAGAAAUACAAAUUCAAGAUACUUUUGAAAUAAAGGAAGAAGGAGAUGUUUAUGAAGACGUUGAUCAAGACCCACUUUUAGAAGUAGACUCUGUCCUAGAAGAUGAAGUAAAAAUAUCUGUCAGCUUACCAAAGAAUUUAUCGGAGAACCCUAUUAUGUCCUCAACUCGUGUAGAAGCUAUGCACAUAUCAGAAAAUUAUUUUAAUUUGAAUAGAAAAUAUACAACUAAAAUAGAUAAUAAAAAAUGUUCAGAUAUUCGACCGGAUGCUCAAAUGCUUUCUUACAUGAAAGUUGGUAAAUACGACAAAAGUCACCAGGCAUACAGGUCAACAUUAGCGGAAUCUGGUCUUAAAAUUGUAAAUGAUAGCUCUUGUUGCUCGUUAAAACGUCAAAAGAUAUUGUCAGAAUUGCCACGACAAAUGAUAAACUUUUUGCAGAAAACACCACACAAUUACUUUACACAAAAUAAAAACCUUUGCUGUAAAAGUACAAUUAACUCUCCUCAAGUACAGUUAAAUGAAUUAGAACAAACAAUCAGUCACACCAAAAAAAACACAACCAGGCUCAAAGAAGUUUUAAAAAAUAUCGAUUUACCUUCCACUUGUAUCGUACAGGACGAUUGUGCAUUGACUUGUAAAAAUCAGGAUUCAAAACACCAAAGUCACUAUCUUCAUAAAGAACAUACAUAUAAACGCUUACAAGGACACCAAGAAAUAUAUACCACAUGGCUCAAUAAUGUACACUCAAAACAAAGCGUGAAUCCUCUGGAGAUAGAUAAUCAGCAAUCGGGUAAUGUGCUUACAGACACAGCUCAUACUCCUAUGUUAAUGACAACCAUUCCUCAGCCAUCCGAACCCUUAACACCGGAGGAUCCUACAGUAAAAGCAUUGAUUGCAUCUAUACUGGAAAGAUUUAAAAAUAUUCAUUUGUCGCUUAGUGCCGAAGGAAAGGUCGUGGCUCUUUUAGACGCCCCAGCUGCUUCACUGUCAAACGAAGAACUAACAAUUCUAUCUGACAUACUGACACGUGCACAGGAACAAAUCCAAAGUUUUGGUAUUAUUGACAGUUCAAGUAGUAAUUUAGCAGAUCCACUUAAUGCUAAUCAGAAUAUUAUUAAUAUGGGCUUUACACAUUCUCAGCAGUUAAGUACGGAUGUUGAAAAUGAAAAAACUGCAUAUGAUUGUACAAAUAACAUUCCGUCAAAUAUGAAUGAUCAAGGCAAUUUAAAUGAAAUUAAGAGAAACAGUGCCUUGGAAAAGGCGAGGGAAGAAAUAUAUUCCAGCUCAAAUCUUUAUGAAAUUUACUCAAAUUUAUCAUAUUUUAAAAAUAUACAGAUCAAACAUUCUCUCGAAACAUAUUCAAAGCGAGGUCAAGAAUUAUUAGGUCCUAAAAUAAUGAACGUGUACUCUUUAAACAAUGACACAUCUAUAGCAAACCCUACCGUAAAACGUACAUACCAAAAUAAUACGAGAAUGAGAAAUGCCUUAACAUCAAAGGAAACAAAAACAUAUUCACCAUCUUCAUGUUCUCUGAGCAAAAAUAAAAAAAUAUUUAAAACACUUAUUACAGUUCCUCGAAUGAAGAAUAAGAACAUUUCUACGAUGGUGAUGAACCAAACGAAACGCCAAUACAUGCUGCAGUCAAUUCCUCAAGGUGUCCAAACAAAUUAUGCCAGCCCUGCGUUGAAUGUUCCACUUCACUGUUUUUUAUCCCCGAAUAAUGAUGGCUCAAGUAUAGUUAGAGUACCGGCGAUCGAAAACAAUAAGAUCUCUAUGCGAUAUCCCCAGAGUGCACCACAUAUAACCAUUUUAAAUAAAACAGAUAAUAAAGAUAAUGAAGAUGACUGCAUAUUAGGAGUGUAA